UAGUAGUGAGCUGCAAGUCACACAUUGCAGGAAUGGGCACAUCGGGCUUGCCUGUACCGGAUGCAAUCCACCCUUUACUCGAGCAAUUGCAGGAAGCUUUGGUUCUUGAAGUGAAAUAUCAACCUAACCUACAGUUACCUACUAUGUCACAAACCGAGGAAAUAACAAUCGGAGCUCGUGAUGGAUCGGCUCACGUGCUAAGAUGCUUGAAAGUAUGGUACGAUCUACCAUCCGACGUAUUUUUUGUUGCCAUCAAUUUGAUGGAUCGUUUCUUAACAAAGAUGAAAGCAAGACCAAAACAUAUGGCUUGCAUCAGUGUAUCCGCUUUUCACAUAGCUGCAGUUCAGUUGGCACAGUCUUUAGAUGCCGAUCACUUAGUUUCCAUUUCUCAGUGUAAAUGUACCGGUGGUGAUUUGAAACGUAUGUCGGAAGUGAUACAGAAUAAGUUGGAAUGGGCACCUGGUACGCAACCUAUUACAUCCUUAACUUUUCUUCGGUUAUUCAAUGCAAUGUUUCGUACCGUUGCAACUGAACUAGGAUCAGGAGAAGCGUAUACCAGUAUGAUCACAGAAUCAGAGCUUCUUCUGAGGUUAGAAAUGGUUGCUUGCGACGGUAAUUGUGCCAGCUUGAAGCCGUCAGAAGUGGCACUCGUUCUACUGUGCAUAUAUUUAGAUAAUGCUGUUAAUCGAUUGGAUACUAAUACAGACCACACCAUAUCUGUAACAGUUACUUCUAGCUCCUCUGCCAUCAAUACAUCUGUAACAACAACAAGAAAGCAUCAGAUGCUUAGAGUUUUAGAAUUUGCAGUGGAACUUCAGAAAUUAUGUAAGAUUUCAGAUACAAGUUUCUUUUCUACGCACGAAGCUGUGGGUGCUGUAUUAAGCAAAUAUAACGCCCAAGAACAAACUCCUCACAGACAAAGACUGAUAUGGAAAUUGUCAUCUCGUACAGCGCGUCUUCUACGUCCAACUGAUAAAUUCAUUUCUGUAUUACCUGUCAUCGCUGAACACGCUCCGGUUCCUUCACCGAGUAAAAUUAGAAAAAAUCGUAAGUUCGGUCGACGUCAUGGAAAUAAGAGGCGUUAAAUGAAAUGACAGUAUCGAGGCCUUAAAAUUAUUUUUAAGGUGCUGGAUCAGAAGUGAAAUAUUCGUCCAAGAUACCGGGCGAGAAAGAAAGUUCGACUUUAGUUCGAAGUUGAAAAAAGAAAUUUUUUUUUUUUACAAGUUAAAUAGAAAGUACAAAUGAUGAUGUAUUUACGUCGUAUGGCAAAAUGUCAGAUAUCUUCUAUAUCGUUCGUCGAAAAGUCAACAUGAAAAAAUUAUUCAUUAGUCGUAAUCCGAUAUAAUUUGCCUUUUUCGAAACGUGUUAAAGAUUACUUUAUUUCAAUUACAUCAUUAAUUUUAUGAAAAGAGACAAUGAUUUCUAUAAUCUCGAAUGUUCAACGUUCGCUAAGUAUUACCGCUAUAAAGCAUACGAGUGCUGUGUAACAUUCGUGAAAGAAAAAAAAAGGGGGAAAAAUAAAAGGGGGGGAAAAAAAAAAGGAUACGAAUCGAAACAGCAUAUUUUAGUACAUAUUAUCUUGAAAUUGAAAAGAGCAACAUAAUAUUUUAGUAAUAUCAAAAAUUAAUGUGAUACAAUGUCCAAUAUAAUUCGUGCAUUAUGAAUACGAACAUUAUCAUAAGUAUAUUCAUAUGUUCGCGAAACACGUUAACGAAGCGCGAAUAAAUUGAUUAUAUACGAGUAUGAAUAUAAGAUUAAAAAUUUAUUUAAAAAAGAAAUUAUAUAAAAUUAAUGAAAUCAAUUGAAUCGAUUGAAACGUUAAUAAUAAAUCUUACAAUGGUAAAAAAAGGUUGACAAAAUUGAAAGUUUGAUAUUUUGUCGCGAGACUGUAUUUAAAUAAUGAUGAUGUAUCGUUGAAGAAAAGACUAUAAAUUACUGUAAAUAGAGUAAAUUUCUGUUAAAUGUUUUAUUAAUACGUCAAUGAAGUAAAAAAUGUAAUAAUGCAUUUAUAGUAAACAAUUCGAGCUGCUUAACCUUUUGCACUCCAAUUGUGUUUCUCAAACAUUUUUUGCACAUUGUCUGUUUAUAUAGUCCCAUUUUGCUAAUUCGUUGUUGUAUAUGUAUAAAGCUUAUUUACCCUAUUGAAGGUAAUUUAUGAACGAUGACCAAAAGAAUCUCAAAACCAAAAAUCAACGGUUGCCUUUAAAAUGUGUAAAUCAUAUUUAAUAUGAUUCUGAAUCAGUUAGGAUUUAGGUAACGUUUUUACGAAGUGAUUAUAUUUAAAAAAAAAAAAUAUUUGAAAAAUAUGGCGUAUAUGUAUAUCGUUUAUAAAUACAAUUAAGAGCGCAAAGGGUUAGUGUAAUGUAACCGAGUGCAUUAAGCAAACUUCCUAAAAUGCAACACAAAAAACGUCAGCUGUGAAAGUAUAUUUACGUAUAAAAUUAAUUUAAGGCAUAUAGUAUUAUAGAAUUAAUUAUUAGUUUCACUGCCACAGUUUGUGAUAGGAUUUUUUACUAAUGUAGUUUUCAAAUGUGGCAGUUAUUCAAUGGCAGAAAAAUACUGAAAGGUAUUUGAAAAUUAAAUGUUUAUCUGCAAUAA